GUUGCACACUCAGGCCACCAAAAAAUGUGUUGUGAGAUCCCCGAUGGGUCUCUACAAUAAAGAUGAGAUGGUUAGAGAAAGUCACACUCUCUACUUGCCAGGGCUACAGUCCCAUCUAUGCUGGAAAAUCAACUGUGUGGGGGUCUCCUUGUUCCAAUAUUCCCCCCGCCCCCAAGAGGUUUAAAACCUGUGUCAGCCUGGCAGUCCAAAUUAGGGUGACCAGGUGUCCCGAUAUUGUCAAGACCAUCCUGAUAUUAGUCUCUUUGUUUUAUAUAUGCAACUAUACCCCCUUUCCCUCCACCUCCCGCCCCAAACUCCCCAUUUUCCACCCUUACUAUCUGGUCACCCUAGUCUAAGUGGGCCCCAGACAUGCUCUGGUGGCACCUGCAAGGUGCCUGCCAAAGGCUGCAUGUUGCACAGGGGUGCUUUGUGCCCAUCUAGGCUGAGAGGCUGUUGGAUGUUUCACUCACAGCAGCAGCCCAGCGCUGGUUUUGCAGUGCACCCAGGAACAAAGCUGGGCAGAUGGCGUUGCAGCCUCAGCCCGCUGGAUCCUGGAGGGCGCAGGGCGUGGGGUGGCUGGGGAAGGAAACUUGCGCAACAGCAAAGUGCAAGAGCAAGUAUAAGGCCCAAACCCCCACCCAGGAGCCUAGCCCAGCCCAGCCUCCCAGAGAGGAACUUCCCAUCGCCGCAGCCAGACGGAGGAAGCCGGGGCUGAACAACACAGCGUCUCUCCCGCCCCGCAGCACAGCAUGGGGCACCUCCUGCCGCCAGGCAGCUAGAGCAGCCGCGGAGCCGAUCGAGAAGCUGGCCGUGUCCAUGGGGCAGUGCAGGAGGAAGGACCCCCGGCGCCCCGGCUCCGCCGCGCCCCCGCUGCCCUGGGCGCUGCUGAUCGCCCUGGUUGGGGCCGCGGUCGUCGUGUGUCAGCCGCGAUUCACCCUGCCCGUGCGCAUCGACAACAUCGCGGCGAGCGGGGACAGCCUCCUGCUGGCGGGCGGCAACUGCCUCUACAAGCUGCACCCGUCUCUGGCCCGGCAGCUCUCCGCGCGGCUGCACCUGGCGCACCCGGGGGCGCACGACUGCGCGCAGCCGGCGGGCACCCACAACAAGCUGCUGCUGCCCGACCUAGAAGGCGGCCGCCUGCUCACCGGCUGGACCCUGCACGGCGGCAGUUGCCAGGUGCGGCUCCUGGGCAACCUGACGGCGCUGUUGAACGAGAGCGAGGUGGUGAGCUGCCUGCCGCAGGGCUCCACCACCGGGGUGCUCUUCGCGCCGCCUCGCGGCCCCCGCUUGCUGGCGCUGGCCACCACCUACUGGCUGAACAAGACGCCUCCUGCGUGCGGUCCCUCGGCCUCCGACGCCGAGACGGUGCUCACCAUGCGCAGCCUGUCGGACCUGCGCCUGACCAAGGGGGAUUCAGCGACGCUGAAGCGCGCCGGAGUGAACCCGCUGCACUUCGUGGACGCCUUCCUGUGGGGCGAGCACCUCUUCUUCCCCUACUACCCCUUAACCCCGGAGGGCCACCAGGCGGCGGAGCUGCCCAGCGUGGCCGUGCUGAAGUCCACGGUGGCCAUCCCAAAUCUCGUCGGCGAGCUGCGCCUGGACUGCGGAGCCCGCAGCACCCUCCUCUCCUCCAGCCUCCUGGAGCAGGCAGGCCUGUGGGCCGCGGUCUUCAGCGCCGGGCCUGGCGAGAGGCGCUGGGACUCCAGCGCGCUCUGCAUCUUCGACACGCGGGACAUGAAGCAGGUGGCCGGGCAGUGGAAGGACACAGGCAAUUGCAGCUUGUUAGACGAAAUCAAUAAAAAUCGCCAUUGCCAAAAACUGUUAUCACCGGUCAAAAAGUCACCCACCUUGAUUCACUCUGAUUUAUCAGCUGUUUAUGCUACUAUAGUUUUGAACAAGACAGUUUUGUUUCUGGGAACAAAAGAUGGACAGUUACUGAAGGUUAUUCUUAACAACAAUAUGGAACCAAACUGUCCAGAGAUUUUGUAUGAAAUUGAAGAAGAAUCUUCUGUUUUUCCCAAACUUGUACUUGACCCAGUGGAUAGUGACUACAUAUAUCUGUCAUUUGCUAACGAGGUGAGAAGAAUACAGGUUGCAAACUGCAAUAAAUAUGAUUCCUGUAAAGAAUGUUUAUCUGCAAAGGAUCCACACUGUGGAUGGUGUUAUUUAAGCAAAAGGUGCACUUUAAAAGGAAAUUGUUCACAUUCAGAUGACUCAAGGGACUGGGUUAACAUUUUACAUGAAGCUGAUAAAUGCCAUACAAUCCAGAUACAAUUCAUUGGUAAAAAUGAGAUUGUUGUGACUGCAGUUGGAGAUGUUUCAGCAGUCUCCAAAGGACACUUUGUUUGUAUUGUGAAAGAUACAAAAAUCAACCAAGUACUUUGUAAAAAAGAAGAGCCACAAAUCAUGACCUGUUCUUGCAAUCUAAAUAAUGCAGCAUUAAUCAACAGGGAUAUUUCAGCUGUUGAAGUGACACUCAUCGUUGAUUCUUGGAAUUUGUCAGAAACAUUUCAGUUGAAAAAUUGCUCAAGAUGUAUCAGCACUGGUGUUUGUGCCUUCUGUGAAAUAAAGCGUAUCUCUCCCUUUGUUGCCUGCAAUCCUGAUGAUUCUGGGCAAGUUCAGGAUGAUUGUCAGCCGAUUGACAAACAAGGGGAUGUGCCAGCCACUACUGCUUCCCAAAUGAAAGCUACUACACAGAUGUCAGAGCCUAUCUGCAAUAUUUCCAUAGAACCUUCAUGGAUAUCAGUGUUAGGUAAAAGAGACGUAAUAAUCAAAGGAGCAAACUUUACAGAAGCAUCAAACAUUACAGUGGUGUUGACUGGAACCAGUAGCUGCAAACAAGACAACAUACAAGUCAGCAAGGUGUUAAAUGACACACACGUGAGAUUCUCUCUCCCACCUAGACGCAAAGAGGCCAAGAGUGUAUGCAUAAAGGCCAAUGGGCGUAAGUGUUCACCACCAAUCACAGUAUAUUAUGUCUCUGAGCCAUCAUGUACAAAAAUGGAGCCAAACAUCACUUGGGCCAGUGGCGGUCGCAAAAUAACCCUCUUUGGGAGAAAUUUUAAUGUGACAGACAGUGUCAUUAUUUCAGAUGACGAGAGAUUAAAAUUUACUGUCUCUGGAUGUCCUGGAAGUACUUCUCCAUGUAGUUUCCUAACACCAGAUGUUAGCCUUUCAAAAGGGUGUAAAAUUGUUAAUGUGUCACUAAAAGUGGAAAAUGUCCUUAUACCUUGUAUUAAAUUACAAUAUUGUCCUGACCCUAUAUUUAUUGACUAUCAACUGCAUACUGAGAUGGACCCACAUCUGGAAUUAAAAUUAUAUAAAAAAAAUGACAUCUUAGAUAUUUCUGAAAAUGAGAUUGGCGUUACUCUCACUCACACGAUGAAUGAUAUACAUUUGGAACCUAUAAUCUUCAGCGUUCAAAAUAUUACCAAAACCCCAGAUCAUACUACUAUACUGUGCAAAGUCAAAAGAAAAAAACCAGGCAAGAUUGAGUUAUCCACUGUGAAAGUUUGGGUCACAUUAGGAAACUUUUCACAGGAAGUUCAAAAGAAAUCAUCGCACAAGUAUUUGUAUGUUCUGACUUUGCUCCCUAUCUUAUUACUGGGUGUAAUUGUUGUGGCAAUAAUAGUAACUAAGUACAAAUCCAAACAGUUAACCCGUAAACUGAGUCAACAAAUUGAACUGUUAGAAUGUGAAAUUCGGAAAAAAAUACGUGAUGGAUUUGCAGAGCUACAGAUGGAUCAAUUAGAUGUGGUGGAUAGUUUUGGAACUGUUCCCUUCCUCGACUACAAACAUUUUGCUCUUAGAACUUUCUUCCCAGAGUCAAGCGGCUUUGCAUCCAUUUUCAUUGAAGACAUGCACACUAAUGUGUCACGGAGCAGAGACCCCAGGCAAAAGGAUGAAAGCCUCACCAUGUUGCAUGCUUUAAUUUGUAACAAGGAUUUUCUUGUUACUUUCAUUCACACCCUUGAAAAACAGAAAAAUUUCUCUGUGAAAGACAGGUGCUUGUUGGCAUCCUUCUUGACUAUUGCACUACAAAGUAAACUAGUCUACCUAACCCAUAUUCUAGAAGUCUUGACCAGGGACUUGAUGGAGCAGUCUAGCAAUACGCAACCUAAGCUCAUGCUAAGGCGCACAGAAUCUGUCGUAGAAAAAUUGCUGACAAAUUGGAUGUCUGUUUGCCUUUCUGGUUUUCUUCGGGAGACAGUUGGAGAACCAUUCUAUAAGCUUGUGACUGCCCUCAACCAGAGGAUAAACAAAGGGCCGGUAGACGUAAUAACUUGCAAAGCCCUGUAUACACUAAAUGAAGACUGGCUUCUGUGGCAAGUGACUGAAUUCAAACCAGUGGCACUGAAUGUCUUCUUUGAAAAAAUCCCAGAAGAUGAGUGUGCAGAUACCUGUCUUGAUAUCGAAGCUAAUGUUCUGGAUUGCGAUACCAUAGAGCAAGCCAAAGAGAAGAUCUUUCAAGCAUUUCUAAACAAGAAUGGCUCCCUUUAUGGUCUUCAGCUCAGAGAAAUUGGUCUUGAACUUCAGUCUGGUGCACAGCAAAAAGAACUGUUAGAUAUAGAUGGUUCCUCUGUAAUUCUGGAAGAUGGGAUAACAAAGCUAAACACCAUAGGUCACUAUGAGAUUUCAAAUGGAGCAACUAUAAAAGUCUUUAAAAAGAAAACUAAUUUCACAUCAGAUGUGGAAUACUCUAACAAACACUGUCAUUUGAUUUUACCUGACUCUCAAGAACCACAGGGAGCAAUGCACAAAGGAAAGCAAAAAUUUGAAGUGAAAGAAAUGUAUCUGACAAAGCUGCUGUCUACCAAGGUUGCAAUUCAUUUAGUUGUUGAAAACCUCUUCAAAAGCAUUUGGAGUUUACCCAACAAUAAAGCCCCAGUUGCCAUCAAAUACUUUUUUGACUUUUUGGAUGCUCAGGCUGAAAGUAAAAAAAUUACAGAUCCUGAUGUGGUCCACAUAUGGAAAACCAACAGUCUUCCUCUUCGCUUCUGGGUGAAUAUAUUGAAGAACCCUCAGUUUGUCUUUGAUAUUAAGAAGACACCACAUAUAGAUGGCUGUUUAUCAGUAAUUGCACAAGCUUUCAUGGAUGCCUUUUCUCUAACAGAACAGCAGCUGGGAAAGGAUGCACCAACAAAUAAACUUCUCUAUGCUAAGGAUAUUCCACUCUACAAGGAGGAGGUGAAAGCUUACUAUAAAGCAAUCAGGGAUUUGCCUCUAUUGCCCUCAGAAGUAGAAGAAUUUUUAACUCAGGAAUCUAAGAAACAUGAAAAUGAAUUGAACGAGGACGUGGCCUUGACUGAAAUCUGCAAAUACAUAGCAAAAUAUUAUGAUGAAAUUGAAAGUAAAUUACAGAGAGAACGGGGGCUAGAAGAUGCCCAGAAAGAUCUCCGGCAUAUAAAAGCCUUAUUUGAUGAAAAGAAAAAAUGCAAGUGGAUGUGAACAGAGCAUGCGGGCCCAAGACCGUGAUUUUUAAACUAGAGGUGCUGGUACCAAACUAGUGUUUAUGUGUCUUUUUUUUUUACCAUUUGGAUAUUGUUCUCCAUUCUGACCAUUUAAAGUAUUUUAAGUGUAGGGCAUAAUCAACAGGCACGCAUACAGGGCUAGACUUUCAAAUGUGGGCAUGUAAAAGUGCAUGUGAGCCUUGUACUCAUGCAUUAAGCCUGUUUAGUAUUAUACGUGCAUUUGUGUGCCCAGACCCUCCAGUUUGAAAGUCUGCCCCCGCGUAGUUCAACAUGAAAUAAACAUGCAGAAACCAAUGUAAGUUAGAGAAACUUUCACCUAAGCAUGUUUUUUGUAGGUCACUACCACCUUAUUAACAGAGAAUAGUGCUAAUUGGUCAUACACCCUGACACCUCAUUGGGUUUAGUGUGGCCUUAAAUACUAUUUUAAGGACAAUUCCCCUCCCUUGUUUCCCCUUAAACACAAAAAUGUGCUAGUUUUGUUUGAAAACAAUAGAAGAAUUGCACUUAUGCCCAGGUAACUCAGUAUUAGCAGAAAAGCUGGUGGAGAGGCUCCAGGGCUAGAUGUGAGGAGCCAUUUUUUUUAACUCAAGGUACACUGAUUCUUGUGUUAGAAAUUCUCAGUGUGAAAGAAUCCAAAGGUGUGUAGAACAUUAGGUUGCUGGUGCAAUCAACUGUUCCAAGGACAUUUUCCAUAGUUUACAUUGCUUACAAUUUUUUAAUAAGAUUUGAGAGUAUCAAGACACUCUUGAACACAUUUAUGUUUUGAUGAUGGUAUAUAAAUACACUGCAUCCAAACAUUCCAAUUAUUUCACUAAAUCAAAUGGGGGUUGUUUUUUUGGGGUGAUAAAAGAUUUACUUAGUGGCUGUGUAGAUUAGUAUGGAUGAGGGGACUCUAGUUUUCACUGUGGCUACUAGUUUCUCAAAUGUAUAAAGCUAGCAGUUUGCCUGAGAGCACAAGUGAAGUGUUCUGUUGGAAGUUUAGGAUUAUUCUAAGAAAUUGCAAAAAAGCAAAAGUCGGUCAUAGUUGCUGAUGUUUUUACUGCUGUGGAUAUGGUGUUACUUUUUGAUACAUACAGUACACCUGGGCUUUGCUGGAGAGAUCCGUGCCUGACGGCCUUAAACUCCUAUUGGCCUUCAGAUUUAGCUCAGGACUCAUGUAUAUUACAAGUAUCAGAGGGGUAGCCGUGUUAGUCUGGAUCUGUAAAAGCAGCAAAGAGUCCUGUGGCACCUUAUAUACUACUUUGCUGCACGUAUAUUACAGUAAUAACUGAGUCAGGGAUCCCAAAUACAAUGAACUUCCAUUUUGGAGCAUGCAGAGCUUUAGCCUAUGGCAUAUGAGUAGGGUCCUGUCUAUGCUGUACGGUGCAACUCUUUUGUAGCUACAUUCUCUGACCCAGUUGCAACUGUUGUACAGCUGGGCUCGCUAAGGAUAAAGCCGCCUACUAGGUUUGGUGUGCAGUUAAAGGAUCUCUCUCCUUUCACAGCAAAACACAAAAGGGAAACAGUUACUUAGGAAGCCCUGCACUGAACUUGAGUCAUCAACCACUUGCAGGAAGAGAUGUAGAUAAGGGGGAAAAGACUGGUGUAGUAACUUCCUGAAGGAGGAAGCAUGGUCCUUGAGCUGCUUCGAACUCCUGGGGCUCUGAACAGCCAUGCACAUGAACAGCAAGCACCUUCACAUGA